AACAAAACUGCAGAAAUUACGAGCGAAUAAGUGAGAGAAGCCCCUCUCUGCUUGGCAUAAGAAAAUACUUAAAAUUCUCUCGGAUUUAUUCGCAUGCUAAACAUAUGAGUCAUGGGUGAUUCGUUGUUGGACUCAAUUUGCAUAUUUCACGCGGUUGGACACAAUUAACGAAUUGCAUCUUAUAAUUUGAAGUUUCUUUUUGUACAUUUUACUAUCUUAAAAAAGGAAAUAAUUUGGAAAAAAAUUUAGCUUCAAAAUAGCUUUAAUGCCUUUGGGAAAAGUUUAAGAAUUCAAUCGUCAAUCGCGAAACUGCAAAGAUUGCCUCUGGCAAUGUCCCGACGUAGAUCUCCGCGAGCGUCGCGACGCUCGGCAAAGUUAUUUUGAAAAUAGUGGGGCGUUGCUCUAUUUCUGUCGUGCUAGCCAGGGCCAUUUAGUCUACGGUCUGGCUUCCUUACUAGGAAGCUGCGUAUCCGAAAAAUACAUUAGCCGCUUUCGUGCUUUUGAUUGAAAAUUAUCGAAAGAUAGUUAUGAGACGAUAAACACGAGAAAGAGUUUUAUCCUCGAAUACAAUCGCGCAAGACUUUUGAUCGAGACAAGUGUAAACGAAGAGCCCAGCUGGCUAUAAUUAUUGCUUCCAGGAUAAACCCAGAUGUAACGUAAAUUCGAAGAGUCGUACCGAGAGAUGUCCACUUGAGAUUGAGAUUGAGAAGUGUGACAACGUAUUACAAUUUAACGAUACGAUUAAUCGUUAUUUAAUCACAAUGCGUGACAACAGAUGCAGUCGCGUUUGCAAAUAAUACUUGAUUAAGCAAAUCCGUGAUGAUGAUGGAAGAAAAUGUUUUGAAUCUCGUCAAUGAGCAUAUCGAUUGAUGUAAUUCAACGAUACAAACUGUGUGAAUAAAACUCUGAAUGAUUUUAAAGCAACUUGAGGAUAUCUGCUUAGUAAUUAUUGCGAAGGAACAAACAUGUUUUGGGUCGAGCCUGACGAAGAGGAGGAAGCGUUGCUAUGCAGUCCUGCUCUGAUGGCUAGACGAGCCUCAGAGUCUUGGAUCGUUGCACCUCCCGUAGAGGCGAUGCCGACACCGGCAAUGCCCCUUCAACGAAAAAAAUCACUGCCGGACGUGGCGCAGCCGAUCCAGCUCACAGCCACGGCGCCGCUGUCGAGAGAAGAAGUCAGUAUCUUGAGCAGCUUAAGAAGAGAGGAGAUCCGCAGACAGAUCGACGAAAGUGAGAGGCUCAGAGCGAAUCCGUUUUUAUAUCUAGUCAGUCCUCAGGUUAAAGACUGGUUCUCUCGACAACAACUCGUGAUGCUGGUGCUCUUUAUCAACAUAUCCUUAGCCUUGAUGUUCUUCAAACUGCUGACGUAGCAGCCAGCCGACGAUCGGGUUCACGGAUUCGUGGUAGACGUGACCUGAAACCCGGCGACAUCGCGACGUCUUGGAUCGUCACCGAGCCAGAAUUUCGACAGAAAACGAAACGGAGGAUAUGGCCGCACCAAAAAUCGCUGGAAACGAAUUUUAUGAGCGACUUGCUCGGUCGCUUGCGCGUCGCGAGCAUUUUGCGAAAAGGAAGGGAUUUGAAUCGAUCGAUACGAACGGAAAACUCACGGAGAAUCACUUCAGCGAGGAUUUUUAAGGCGAACACAUUCAAAUUUCGAACGAUUGCUAAUUAGACGAAAAACAAAGAGAGCAACGAGAGCAUCCUUCUGAGAUAUCACGCGGGGACCUACGAUAGAUCCAGCUUCAAAUUUUGUAAAGUAAAAAGGGCUUAAACGCGUCAAAAAAAAAUAUAAGUAAAAUGCAAGAGUAGUUUAAGGAGAGUUUAAAUGACAAUGCAUUUUCGAAAACUAACAUACACCGGGGAAAUAGAAUUUAAUGUUCUGCUUGUGAUAAAGCUUUUUCCCGGUUUGUAAAUUUGGCGCAUAAAUCCUUUUUAAUUAGCACGUUAUUCAGGGAAAAGGAAAAUUUUUGAAGAAAACAAUGAAAUUUUGGAGCGUUGUUUGUUGUAAUCUCCGCGGGAAGGAGACAUCGACAACAACAAAAAUCAUUCUUUGGAAACUGAUUGCGCAAAUCUCGCGCAUUCCCACAACGUCCGCGUAUUGCAUACCCUAUAUUUUUACACCAAAUACUUUAAUAACUACUUGUACUACUUGUAAGUAAAGUAGACUAAAUUCUACUUUGGGCGGAUCGAUGCGUUACGCGCACAUACGCAAAUCUUUCUUCGUAAUCUUUUCUUUUUCGACGAUCGGCUCGAGCGCAGUAAUAGUGACGAUUGAAUUGUACUCGAUCAAUUUUUCAACAAGUUAGCCACUUGUCUGAGGAUGCCGACCGUUCCCUCUCUCUCGUUUAUUCUUAAAUAUUACUAUUCGAUUUGAGAAGCAGCGUUAAAACUAAAGAAUUCGUACUUAUAUAUAGCAAUUGUAUUUUAGCAACGAUCGUAAUUAUAGCCAUGAUGCCGCACACGAUAUAAAGAAUAGAUUCGUUAAUGCGUAUUCGAGCAUUUAUUACGUGCAUCGCACAAUGUACGAUUGCAAUAAAUUACGUAAAUUUGUAUAAAGUUAUCAUAAGAUAGAAAGAGAUUACUCUUCUAACUUGUACGCGAACUUCGCGAAAAUACAUAUGUAUAUAUAAUAUACAUAGUUACAAUUAAUAUUGUUAGAUAUCGCAACGGCUUGAUUUGAAUUUUUCAUCAUACCGUUUCUCGCCUUAAUUUUCUCCAACGAGCGGCUAGUAAAAUACAUAUAUGUAAAUCUAACAAUAAGGUGAGAGAUCCAAGAUCAUACGUUCCGAAGCGUGGACGCAAAAGAUUAAUAUUUUUUUCCUAUUUUCUUUUCUUUACAUUUUGCGUUUAAGAAAGAUAUUAACGUUGAAACGCGGAUGAUUCAUAUCGACAAUCGAGUUGUGUACAUAGAAUUACCAGAGUUACGAUAACAUUAUUCAUCGAGACGCAAAAUCGCAAUCUCUCGAUAUAUAUAAAUCACGACUCUUAUAGAAAUAUCUCUCAGAUAUCAAAAUUGCGAAUUAAAUACGAUUUUGCUUACGACGAGAUCUCGUAGACAUCUUGGAAAAAGAUCCGUGACUGUAUUGUAUAAUAUUCGCGAGACUAGUGAAAAUUAAAUUGUGCAAAUGCUUUUUGCGUUACGAGAUAUUUGCAGUCUCCUUUAUCUCGUACUUUGCGAAAAUAUGGAAAUGCAAGAUAAUUCUUGCAUUUCCUCUUCCAUGAUUUCGCAACGAAAUUGAUGAUCGGCCUUUCUGCGCUCGAGCGACCAUAGUUUUCUAGCCUCGGGGGCAUAGUGUGUCAUAUCUUUAAAUAAAUUUGUAAAUAAUAGUGCAAGAGCGUCGAUUGCGCAAAGUUUGUCCAUUCUACGCGAUACCGUUCUCGCGCUCUCGAUGCAAAUUUGCCCGAGAAGCAUAAAGUAUCAAGAAUCCAAAUCACCUUUCCGCUCGAAGGUUCUUGCUCUUUUUACAUGGCAAAACUAAGCUUCUUAUAUAUAUAUAUAUAUAUAUAUAUAUAAUGUGCUUUCUGACAGUGCCAAUGACAGAGCUAAUACUUCCGCGGAAAUAAAUAUAAUUGGCAAUAUAGCCAAAAUAAAUUCGCUUUCAAUUAUACUCUAAAUCUAAAAAUCCUGGUUUGAGCGCGAGCACGUAACGCAAAAUGACUCAAAAAUAACAUAAAACAUUCGAUCGAGGUAUAGAUAUUUUUGACGCUAUCUAUAUUGAAAAUGCGAAAAGCAUAAAAAAACCAUUAUUCUUUGUCAUCGAGGCAUACAGUUUUUUUUCUGAACAAAUCGGACAAACUUGUUUAUAGGCCAGAUUUGUAAUAUUGACUUUACACGUCUGGCAUUUAUUCUAUAACUUGAUAGUAACACGAAAAAAAUUGUAAUUUAUAUGUCGAAGAAUUUCUCUCUCCGAUAUCAUACGAUACAAUAAAAGGAUGUUAAACUUGUGAAAGGAGUGUCAAAAAUGUCACGUGUAAACCCAGCUUAAUUAAAAACGAGUAUCCUAACUUUAAAAAGGACGAGGUCAUAUAGAAGAAGAAGCCGGAAGAAGAAAUAUGUUGAAUGUUCCGGCUUAAGAGAAGGACCAACGUGACAUUCUGUCACGAGGUGCAUUCGCAUAUAGAGAUACUAUAGUUAUUAUUAUAUACGCACAUUCGCCGUUACGGGGUCACACGUUUUGUGUGCAUAUAUACGAUUAAUUAAUUAAUCCCAAAGAAAAGCCACAGAAAAUUAUUCGUAAUAUUAUUGGCAGAGCAUCAACAAGGAUAGAAAGAGAUUAUAAUAAAAAUUGAAGAGAUGCGGAAAGUCAUUUUUGUCAUCAAAAUUCCAUCAUUGGGCAAGGAAAAUUUGAUUUGUAUAGCUUUAAUUAUCAAAUGAAGAGAUUGAUAAAUAAAGCAAUAUAUAAUGCCAUGUCAUAAUGUGUAUAUACAUUGUAUACAUAUGUGAGAGAUCACAUGUAUAUUUUACUCUUGUUAUCUCUUAAUAUAAUAUCGCAGUUGGCGCGCAUAUUCCCUCCACCCCGUAAUUAUUAUAUAUUAUUAUUAUUAUUAUUAUUAUUAUUAUUAUUAUUACUAUAUUGUACUACUGCUACUAUUAUUAUUACUAUUAUUACUACUACUCUACUGCUAUUAUUAUUAAUUAUUUAAAUUACUAUUAUUAUUACCAUUAUAUUGUUAUCACCGUAUCAUCAUUAUAUCAAAGAUUUGCGAAUAUUUAAAACGAAAAGAUGGAUGUGAAAGAAAUUUUGGUACCUUGGAAAACAUGCGACAUACAUAGACAUGCGCGCGCCACACACAUAAACACAUACACACACACACAGAGACACACACACACAGAAACUGUUGGAAAGGAGACCUAUUGUCAUUGUUAAUUCGCGCAAGCAGUGAUUCAAUAAACUUGUAUCA